AUGCAUCUGAUGUCGAUAGCUCAAUCUCUCACGCUGUUCGCUACUGCCGCCUACGCAAACACUGAGAAGGUCAUCUUCUCCGCGCCACCUGCCAUACGCAUUCCAGAUACAGGCCCAUUGCUCGAGACACUACAGCUGGUGUCGCUAUCGGCGAAGUCAUCAAAAGAACGUCUCUCACUGGCAGUCAAUUUUCCUAGCGAAGAACAACCGCGUGGUCUUGAGUCCUGGUAUCUACUGCGUGACUUAUCACCGACGCAACGCUACGAAGUCCGUGUCUGCUGGGCAGCCAUUCAACCGACAACUUUCUGGCUGGACACAUACACUGUCGACCACGUUUUCGAUACACCCCCUUUGGUGCAAAGUCUGGCUGCAUUCUCGUUGGAGAGACAGGAGGCAAACUCACAGUUGCUUACAGGCAGUCACACUGGAUCUGACCAGGAAAGCCUACUGUUCCUUCGUCUUCAGGCUGCCGCGGACUUCUUCUCUUCGAACACGACAUUGAUGCAAGAUCCCCCGCCUGUUGACAUUGACCUUUUACUCGACCCUUAUCUGGGUAACUUCUUUCCGCGCUCAUUACUACCAACUGGGACCUACAUUGUCCUGCUUGCUAUUGGUGGAUGGUGGGUUUCUGGCGUCAUCUGGAAGCAGUACUUCACGCCAGAGAAGGCGCACAAGGACUGA